GUCACAGUCUUACGACGUUACAGACGAGCAUGUGCAGACUAUAUUCAAUUACUAUUCGGUUUAGUAAUCAGCAUCGCCACUAAAUUUCCCAUUUUCUGGCCUAGGACAUAAACCCUAAAGUGCGAGGCUCAUCCCUUACAAAUCAACAAAUAAUUUUGAUCAAUGUCUGCAUUAUCUCGGAAUUGCUCGCGAUUAAAUUCUAUCAUUUCGUGUUCGAGGAUUAAUCGCCGAUUUUCCUCGAGCGCGGCCAAUGAGACCCCGAGAGAUUCCAUCAUCUCAGCAUCAGUCCUCACUGAGCAGACGCCGCAGCCUCCGAGCGGUCCGCCGCCGGCAGUAGAGUCUCCAAAGAGCUCCUGGGGCUUUCUCAAGUACGGUCUCGUUGCCGCCCUUACCGGUGGUAUCGCCACAUCCGGCUACGCCACCUAUGCCUACACAACCGAUGAGGUAGAUCAGAAGACAAAGAACUUUCGUGCAUCUGCCACCAAGUACACUGUAGGCGAUGAUGCAACUUCUCUAGAUAAAUUUCAAGCUUAUCUACGUGCUGCAGCAAUGUCAGUUCCUGCUAAAUUAGUUGAUGUCUACCUUGAUUUGAGGACGUUAGCUGAAGAACACAUUAAGGGUUUCACUGAACCAACAUCAGAUAAGCUUCUCCCUGAUUUGCACCCUUUGGAGCAACAUGUUUUUACCCUUGUUCUAGAUUUGAAUGAGACAUUGAUAUACUCAGAUUGGAAGCGUGACCGUGGGUGGAGAACAUUUAAGAGGCCUGGUGUUGAUGCUUUUCUUGAGUAUUUAGUUCAAUAUUAUGAAAUCAUAGUCUACUCUGACCAACCAAGUAUGUACGUGGAUCCUGUUGUUGAAAGAUUGGAUACAAAACACUGUAUCCGGUAUAGGCUUUCAAGGGGUGAAACAAAAUAUGUUAACGGCAAGCACUAUAGAGACCUGUCGAUGCUGAAUCGGGAUCCUGCAAAGGUUAUAUACAUUAGUGGUCAUGCUCUAGAAAGUAGCCUUCAGCCCGAGAACUCUGUUCAAUUAAAACCGUGGCAAGGCGAACAGGACGAUACUGCACUUCUAGAUCUCAUUCCAUUUCUUGAAUAUGUUGCUAAGCACAAACCAGCUGACAUCAGAACUGUUCUAGCCUCAUAUCAAGGGUGUGAUGUUGCCAAAGAGUUCAUUGAACGAUCCAAAGAACUUCAAAGGCGAAUGCAAGAGCAGAAACAACAAGGUCGUUUAUGGAAACGAUAAUUUUAAACAUCUUAUUUCCAAAAAAUGAAGACAACAGUUGGAUGCUGACUAAGCAGAUAUUGCGAGGUGUUCAACUUGGUUGACAAAAACCAGUUUCUCUCAUCCGAUGAAUUUGUUCUGUUUUUAAAUAUGAUACUCUGUAUUCUCGCGGCAGCAUGUUUCCGUAUUUAUAAUUUGGUGAUGAGGUGGAUUAUUUCGUAGUCAAAUUUGUAGUCCAAUUGAAAUGGUAGUCAUUUAACAUUUUGAGCUGACCA